AUGCUCUCUCGGAGGCUAUGGAGUGAAAUCAAAGCUUGCAAAUCGUCGAUUGCGUUGGCGAGCCGGCGAGCUUCUGCUUGCGGCGGCGGUAGAAGAUGGUACGGAUUGAUACCGAUGGUGAUUGAGCACUCUUCGAGAGGGGAGCGCGCCUACGACAUAUUCUCCCGGCUGCUCAAGGAGCGCAUUAUUUGCAUCAAUGGCCCCAUUUCCGACGAUACUGCGCACGUCGUCGUUGCGCAGCUCCUCUUCCUCGAGUCGGAGAAUCCUUCAAAGCCGAUUCACAUGUACAUCAACUCCCCCGGCGGAGCCGUCACUGCUGGUCUUGCCAUCUACGACACCAUGCAGUACAUUCGGUCUCCAAUCAAUACUACAUGUUUAGGCCAAGCUGCAUCGAUGGGUUCCCUUCUCUUGGGAGCUGGUGCAAAGGGGGAGAGGCGGUCACUCCCAAAUGCUACGAUCAUGAUCCAUCAGCCUUCGGGUGGGUACAGCGGGCAGGCUAAGGAUAUAAGUAUCCACACCAAGCAAAUUCUUCGCAUUUGGGAUUCCCUAAAUGCGCUUUACUGUAAGCACACCGGACAACCUAUUGAUGUAAUUCAAAAGAAUAUGGAUCGUGAUUAUUUCAUGACUGCUGAAGAGGCAAAGGAGUUUGGACUUAUUGAUGAGGUCAUUAAUGAGCGGCCGAUGAACCUGGUGACAGAUGCUAUUGCUGAUGACGGAAAACAUAAAAAUUCAAGCUAGAUAUUCUGAUACAUUCAUCCCCGGCGCCAUUUUCUUGACGACACAUAUGGACAAUUUUCCUGUAGAUGAAUCGGCGCGGCAUUUGGGGAAAAUUUUCUGAUCAAAUCAAAUCAAGUAGUAACUCCCUCUAUACACCUCCUCCCUUUUGUUCUUGUUGCUACAUUAGUCUGCCCUUGCUUUUCUGUCGAUCUGAUUUUUCCGGAUAAAAUAAAUAGAGUUUCUUUGUUGCUGCUUACAGUUUUGAGUUCCUUUCGACUAUUUUUUUGGCUCGAGUACGUUGACAUUUUUCAAAAGUGCCUGCCUCGAGCUAAACUCGAAAUUGGGCAUGUUAGAACUGCUAGCUCGUUUAGGUCAUCUCCAAUCCGUAAACUCUAUUUAUGCCGUUUUAACUUAAAAAAUGCAUUUGCUUAGGCAAAAAUACGUUUUGCAAUUAAUUAGUAAACAAAACGAGCAGAAAAAAUAA